UGUAUCUUACAAGAUAACACAAUGUAACUUCGCUCUCACUUGAAAUGUGUCCCCACAUCAAGUCCUUGAAUCUGAGGGUAUUGGAUCUGGAAAGUCCUUGAAAGGUCCUUGAAUUUGAAGAUAAUCAAGGUGUGGGAACCCUGUUAUAAGCUGUGCUUCAUAAAUCGCUACAUCAACAAAAUAGCUACCUUUUUGCCCUCUUAGGCUACGUUUAGACGACAACGAUGUAGUCAAAAAUGGAAAAGUUUUUCCCUUGCGUUUUUAAAAAGUUUCACGUAUAAAUGAUGUUUUCUUGAGCAGCAACAAUAGUACCAUGUACUCCGCCAUUGUUGUGUAUGUUUGUCUGCGUUUGCCUUUAAAAUCAACACGUACUGCGACAUGUCAACAUACCGAACACGUACUACACACGCACAUGACGUCACCGUUUUCAAAGAUUCCCGUAUUGGGCAUUUACACGGAAACGAUAACGGUGCUGUUUUCAAAAACUUGCACUUUGAAACGCGCUUUCAAAAAUAUGCGAUUUCAGUCCCCAAAACGCCAUUAUCAUGUAAACAAAUAGUCAAAAUGCAUAAAAAGUUAACCAUUUUUGACUGAAAACGUUGUCGUGUGAAUGGCCCCUUAUUGUGACAGCACUUUUCUCACGGGAUAACAUUGUUUUUUUUUUAAUUAUGUGAGGUGAGAAUAAGAGUUAGAUGGUUUCAGGCAAUCCUAUUAUUGAAAUAUCACGAAUGAUAUUAAAACAAAAAGAAAAGGCAUAAGCUAACUAACUAACCUACUAACAAACCGACUAACAAACAAACAAACAAAUGAGGAAUUUGUAUAUGUAAUGGUAAUAUAGCCCACAGUAUGUAAUGUUUUUUCAGCAGAUAAUUGUCUUCAACUGUUGUUUUUACUUAGCCCUAUUAAAAACUAUUGCUUUAAUUGGCUUGCUUUUUUUACAGUUAAGCCAUGCUGACAUUCGAUUGAUAUUACUUUUCCAUCUCUGUGUCCGUUUAAACUGCUUUAAAGUCUCUGUGGCCAUUGUUCUAACAACAAAUAAUUCCUCAGAUAGAUGCGUUUUUGAACGAUCCAUUGUGUAAUGUUACAGCUAGGGUCGUCAGAAUGAACAAAACUGAUUGUGUGGGACCUAUUUGUUGUUGUGACAUAAAGUGACGAAAAAGCAAAGAGGAAUUACUUAAAACUGACCUGCGAAAUCUGACCCGACAGCUCAAAUUCUAAAUCAUUUUAUAAGCUUACUGCUGUGUGACACACGAAACCAAAACAGAUUUACAAAAGGAAUUGUUUGCAACUGGCCCCAGUCCCUUAAAAUGGCUAUUUCUUGUCAUAGAUGUUCCGGUAAUUAAAUCAUCUUCUCCGGAAAUAAAAAUGGUUGGUAAUUGUAGUCAAAGAUGAGGUUAGGUGUACAUCAGUGGCGUGAUGUUUGAGGUUCAUGGGUCAGACGUAUGAGUCAUCAUGCUGACGUUCUCAGGUGGACGGAGCUAGCGUUUAGUUUGCAUUGCCUUCGGAGGUGCUAUGGGGUCAUGACCCAUGACAUCUACAACAUCUCAUGUUGGUGCAUUUAGAACGGAUUUGUGUCAUUGCACAGAGAGCUUAUAAACGGUUGAGAUGCCCCUCCUUCUGUUACUUGAGAAGAGUGUCACCAUAUACGUCUGUCUCAAAUCAAUCCUGUUUCCAGCCACAAUGAUCAGUGAUGAUCUUUCUUCUAACCGUAACCUGCUCCGUCUUAAUGCUACUAGUUAGCUGUGAUGACGUUCUAGAGAUCCGCUCUCCGGAAGAUGACAUGAAAGCUCAAGAGGAGAAAGAACUGAUCGAGGCUCUUCAAGAAGUUCUUGAAAAACUGAGAAACAAACAGAUCCCAACUGCAGAGAAGAAGUUUGGUUGGGUCCCUUCGUGUGAUGCAGGUGAGCAGUGUGCGGUUCGCAAAGGCGCUCGCUUCGGGAAGCUGUGCAGCUGUCCAGGAGGAACCACCUGCAGCUUCUCCAUCCUCAAGUGUUUGUGAAAACAUGCCUCAUUCUGUCAUUAUCCGGCCAGUGUUUUAUUGUACCUACAGAUGAUUGUUACAGGUGUUCGUUGUUCCCCAUCAGUUGUAACGUUUUAUUAAUGCACACAUCAAAUAAAUGCAAGCAUUUUUGUAUAUA